GGGGUUGAUUUAACACCUGCUCGAGAGGAAUGGUGUGUCCGUAUAUAAAUAGUCAAUCGGUGGAAUCAUUAGAAGUUAAAUAGACAGAGGGAGGGAAUGUUUAAAUUAAAAAGUAUGAACACUAUCUUCUUCCUGUCCCUCGCUGUUUUCUCACUGGGGAUAGCGAAAGGGCUCCCAGAACAGGGACCAACCCUUCAAAUCACCCAUGCUUACAGCUCCAGCUCCAGGCCGUCCGGAUCAUGGGCAGAGACCCUGCGCCAAAUGCAGACCGACGACGAGGCGCGGCUGAAGUACUUGGCGAGCCUCACCGCCGGCAGAUCCGAUGUUCCGGUAGCCAACGCCCGGCAGAUUACCCAGAGCCAGACCUACAUUGUUAAGGCCAAGAUUGGGACGCCGCCCCAGACAUUGCUGAUGGCUGUGGACACUAGCACUGAUGCUGCUUGGGUUCCAUGCUCUGGCUGCGCCGGUUGCCCCACCUCCGCCGCCGGCGUCUUCUUUAAUCCCUCCAAUUCAACCAGUCUAAAAAGUCUUGGCUGUGACGCUCUUCAAUGCCGUCAGGUGUCAAACCCCACAUGCCAAUCAAACGUGUGCGGGUUCAAUCUCACCACCGGCGGAUCCGCCUUGGCAGGUAGCCUGUUGCAAGACAACGUCACCCUCGCCGUCGACGCUAUCUCCAACUACACCUUCGGCUGCAUCCAGAGAGCCACCGGCAGCGCGGUACCCCCGCAGGGCGUAUUGGGCCUCGGACGUGGGCCAUUAUCACUCUUAAACCAAGCCCAGGACCUUUACAACCGCACAUUCUCCUAUUGCCUGCCGGCCAUCACGACAUCCAGCUUCACGGGCUCACUAAGGCUGGGCCCAAGUGCUCAGCCCAAGAACAUCAAGUUCACCCAGUUGAUGACCAACCCUCGGCGGCCGUCCGUGUACUACGUCAACUUGACCGCAAUUUUCGUCGGCGAUAAGGACGCCAAAGUUCCUCCGACGGCCCUUGCUUUUGACCCGGUCACCGGCGGGGGGACUGUUAUCGAUACAGGUACGACGUACACAAGGCUAGUGACGCCGGCGUACUUGGCCGUAAGGGACGAAUACCGGCGGCGGAUGGGUAACUCGACGGUGUCUUUGGGAGGGUUUGACACCUGCUACAAGAAUGUGGUGACUAAGUUACCAACCCUGACGUUCGUGUUCAACACGAUGAACGUGACGCUGCCAUCGGAAAACUUCCGUGUCAACAGCUCCACCGGAGGCCUCACCUGCCUGGCCAUGGCGGCCACCACCGGGUUCAAUGUCAUCGGCAGCCUGCAGCAGCAGAACCACCGCGUCCUGUUCGACUUGCCCAAUUCCAGGCUAGGGGUUUCUCGAGAGUCCUGCAGUUAGAUUUUGGAACUGAAUUUCAGGUUACAAAUAAAACAGAGUUAUUUGUUUUUUAAAUAAUUAAUUAAUGUAAUUGUUUUGUGGGUUUUUCUUUUAUGCCCAAAUCUUGAUUCCGUACUUGCCUUAUAUGGCUAGUGAUUCUGUUACUGUGUCGGCAAUGUCUUCGUCGGUCAAUGGCCAUUGAUGAUGAAAUAUAUAGUGAACUCUUACUUACACUAUACUUUUCAAUAAUGGUGUAUACUUCUCUGAUCUCACAAAUAUAUGAGGAUACUAAUCAUACUAUAGCAAUGAGGACA